GUGCGGGGGACCUGGGGCUGCCGGCGGCUUGGGCAGCCUGCGCGCCGCCGCCAUGGGCUGAGGGGAGAGGCGGUGGCGGGUGUCAGCGGCUGCAGGCUGGGCGCCCCGAGGAUGGAGAGAGCCAUGGAGCAGCUCAACCGGCUGACGAGGUCCCUGCGCCGCGCCCGCACCGUGGAGCUGCCGGACGAUAAUGAAACUGCUGUCUAUACACUAAUGCCGAUGGUUAUGGCUGACCAGCACAGGUCUGUCUCAGAGCUGCUAUCAAAUUCAAAAUUUGAUGUGAAUUAUGCAUUUGGACGUGUGAAGAGAAGUUUGCUUCAUAUUGCAGCAAACUGUGGAUCCGUUGAAUGCCUUGUUCUAUUAUUAAAAAAAGGAGCAAAUCCAAACUAUCAGGAUAUUUCAGGAUGCACGCCUCUCCAUUUAGCAGCAAGGAAUGGUCAGAAGAAAUGUAUGAGCAAGCUGCUGGAAUACAGUGCAGAUGUCAACAUUUGUAAUAAUGAAGGCUUGACUGCAAUUCACUGGUUGGCUGUCAAUGGACGAACAGAAUUGCUUCAUGAUCUUGUUCAGCAUGUCAGUAAUGUAGAUGUUGAAGAUGCGAUGGGACAGACAGCCCUUCAUGUAGCUUGCCAAAACGGGCACAAGACAACGGUGCAGUGUUUGCUGGACAGCGGUGCAGAUAUAAACAGGCCGAAUGUGUCAGGCGCAACUCCACUCUAUUUUGCUUGCAGCCAUGGUCAGAGAGAUACUGCACAAAUUCUUUUGAUGAGAGGAGCCAAAUAUUUACCAGACAAAAAUGGUAUUACUCCACUGGAUCUCUGUGUACAGGGUGGGUAUGGGGAGACCUGUGAAGUCUUAAUACAAUAUCAUCCUCGACUUUUCCAGACAAUAAUUCAAAUGACACAGAAUGAAGAUCUACGGGAAAACAUGUUGCGGCAAGUUCUGGAACACUUGUCUCAGCAGAGUGAAAGCCAGUAUCUUAAAAUUCUCACAAGUCUUGCUGAAGUUGCUACAACAAAUGGUCACAAACUGCUUAGCUUGUCAAGUAAUUAUGAAGCUCAAAUGAAGAGUCUCUUAAGGAUCGUGAGGAUAUUUUGCCAUGUCUUUCGCAUUGGCCCAUCCUCUCCCAGUAAUGGAAAUGACAUGGGCUACAAUGGAAAUAAAACUCCAAGAAGUCAGGUGUUCAAGGUCAGAAAAGUAUAUGAUGUUGUUAGGAAGAUAGACGUUAAAGAGAUGAAUUUCACAAAGCAUGCAUUCAUUUAUCAGACAUCUCAUGAACAGGAACCGUUGGAACUGCUCUGGCAUUCUCUAGAUGAAUGGCUUGUUCUUAUAGCCACAGAGCUGAUGAAAAACAAAAGGGACUCAGCCAACAUUACUUCUAUUUUACUGAAGCAAAAAGGACCAGAUCACCAGGAUGCUUCUCCUACACCUUCCUUUGCUGCUGCAGGAACUGAGGGCAGAGAAGAGCUAUCCUCUGAUGCUGGCGAGUCAAAAACAUAUGAUGUUACUGAUGUUACAGGGAAGCAGGAAGCUUGUGCUGAUUGCCAGGAUGUUAUCUCCAUGACAGCAAACAGGCUAAGUGCUGUCAUUCAAGCCUUUUAUAUGUGCUGCUCCUGUCAGAUGCCUCAGGGGAUGACAUCACCUCGUUUUAUAGAAUUUGUCUGUAAACAUGAUGAUGUCCUUAAGUGUUUUGUUAACCGGAAUCCCAAAAUAAUUUUUGAUCACUUUCAUUUUCUUCUUGAAUGUCCUGAACUAAUGUCCAGAUUUAUGCACAUCAUAAAAGCUCAGCCAUUUAAAGAUCGCUGUGAAUGGUUCUAUGAACAUCUGCAUGCCGGGCAGCCAGAUUCGGACAUGGUGCACAGGCCUGUCAAUGAAAAUGACAUCCUUUUGGUUCACAGAGAUUCUAUUUUUAGGAGUAGCUGUGAAGUUGUGUCUAAAGCAAAUUGUGCAAAACUGAAGCAGGGGAUUGCUGUGAGAUUUCAUGGAGAAGAAGGCAUGGGGCAGGGUGUGGUGCGUGAGUGGUUUGAUAUCUUAUCCAGUGAAAUAGUUAACCCAGAUUAUGCCUUAUUUACCCAGUCAGCUGAUGGAACAACUUUCCAGCCCAACAGCAACUCUUCUGUAAAUCCAGAUCAUUUGAACUACUUCCGUUUCGCAGGCCAGAUCCUGGGGCUAGCUCUGAAUCACAGGCAGUUGGUGAACAUUUACUUCACGAGGUCAUUCUACAAACAUAUUCUUGGUAUACCUGUAAAUUAUCAGGAUGUAGCAUCUAUUGAUCCAGAGUAUGCAAAGAACUUGCAGUGGAUUUUAGAUAAUGAUAUCAGUGAUCUGGGUUUAGAGCUGACCUUCUCUGUUGAGACUGAUGUGUUUGGAGCAAUGGAAGAAGUACCAUUGAAGCCAGGCGGUGCAAGUAUACUUGUUACACAGGAAAACAAGGCUGAGUAUGUCCAGCUUGUCACAGAGCUUAGAAUGACAAGAGCCAUUCAGCCUCAGAUAAAUGCCUUCUUACAAGGCUUCCAUAUGUUCAUUCCACCAUCUUUGAUCCAGCUUUUUGAUGAAUAUGAACUGGAGCUUUUGUUGUCUGGUAUGCCAGAAAUUGAUGUGAAUGAUUGGCUAAAAAAUACAGAAUACACCAGUGGCUAUGAGAGGGGAGACCAAGUUAUACAGUGGUUCUGGGAUGUUGUGGAAGAACUAACUCAGGAAGAGAGAGUAUUGCUACUACAGUUUGUUACUGGCAGUUCCUUUUAUUUUGUGGAUAUGGGAGCAUUGUUUUUAAUUUCCAGGGUGCCUCAUGGUGGUUUUGCCCAUAUAAUGGGUGGCAGCGGAUUGCAAAAUUUUACAAUUGCUGCUGUGCCAUAUACUGCAAAUCUUUUACCAACGUCAAGCACAUGUAUCAACAUGCUGAAGUUACCCGAAUACCCAAGUAAAGAAAUCCUUAAGGAUAGGCUUCUUGUGGCAUUGCACUGUGGAAGCUACGGUUAUACAAUGGCAUAAUGAACUCUAGAAAACUCAUCUGACUACUGACGUGCGAUUCAGAGUGGCAGAAGUAAUUUUGGAAACUGUCAAUAGAAAAGCAGCUUAGAUGCUGCAGCCCAUUGGCAGGGCUGGGCUUCUGAACUCGUCCAGGAUCAUCAGCUGUUUCCUCCAUUAUGUGUUGUCAAAAGUCACCUUGAUACCGUCACAACAAACUUCUCAGUGUGCUGCAUUUUCAUUUUGUAAAAUGACAGAUCUGUAUGGAAGUCAGUUUACAUGCUUUUCAUUAUUGCUUCAGUCUGAAUCAGGAGGUUUUGUCAGAAUCUCUUUCCACAGUUUACUUUUGAUUUUCAACUAUAUGGUUGAAUGAUAUGUGUUUUAGUUUACUUUGCACUCAAAUGGCAUGCGACUAAUGGACAGACUUGUACUUUAUGCCUCGUUGCAUGUGAAAGUGCCGUUUAUUUUUGCAGAGAACACUCUAUAGAAAGUUCAAUUGGGAUUUUGUACAAUAAGACAAAUCUGAUGUAUUUUCCAUUUAUUUGCAUAGUAACAGAAAUAAAAUUUUAUAACUUUUUAGUACUUCAAUGUAUAUAGUAUGUAAAGAUUAGACUGUUAUCACUGGAAAAAAUAACAGAUGAAGUUAAUAUCUAAUUUAUAUUAGAAUUUACACUAUAUUCUACUAAAUAUUUAAAGUAUUUGUGACUUUAUAGUCAACUUGCAGUUUAGAAUU